AUGAGACAGAUCGAAGUAAUCGAUAGUGGGUGCGGUGUCACUCAAAUUAGGAGAUAUGAGGAGUGCGGAGGUGAUCCUGUCGUGCCUCUCCUCAGUUUCGAACUGAGAGCUCUGCGCGCCGCUCGCCGGCUGCCGCUGGACGACGUCACUCAGCACGACAAACGGUUUUUAAACGCAUACGCUAAACUUCAAAGUCAUGAAUGUUACGUCGAUAAAGCAGUGAGGCAACUAAAAAAACCGCGCUGCGGCGCUUCAUUGCAGCGUCAAUCAAUAUUGUACGUAUAUACUCGUCGAAUGCGGCACGGACCGUUCACAAUCAGUGCUAACGAGCGACGCUUAGCGCUUCAUUUACUGGUUGUAGUCGACUGA